CAUAUUUCAAGCAGAGGACGCCGUCGCCAAAAACAGGAAUGGCCGAUGUCUUCAGAAGUCUAAACCUCCUUGAGACCCUCAAAGAGUCAAUAGAGAGCAAUAAGUUAUCAGAUGUCAGAGAUGCUGUGGAAGAUCUCCUCAUCAGCAGGAUCAACUUAGCUGUGGUGGGGGACCGUGGAAAUGAAAAAGCCUCCUUCAUGAACUCUCUUCGUGGCCUCGGGCCCGAUGAUGAGGGUGCAGCUCCUUGUCCAUCCCCUGCUGCUGCAGAAGAAGUGGCCGGCUACCCUAACCCUAAAUACCCGGACUUCCGCCUCUGGGAUCUACCACCUGUCCCAACAACAUCUUCAUUUGAGCCAGAGGAAUACAUGAAUAAAUUUAAGUUCCUUCGCUACAAUGCUGUCUUUAUGACAUUCACACAGACACUCCAACCCAACAGCGUGCAGGUUUAUUUGGAGGCUCUUUCCCUUCAGCGACAAACUGUGUACUUUCUGCUUUUGGCUUCUGUAAAAGACACAGAUAAGACCCUUGAGGAAAGGAAGAAAGCCAGUUUGGAAGAGUUGAAAUCACAGGGUGUGAAACAGCCCAAGGUCUACCUUAUCAGACCCUCCACACUGGAGAAACUUGACUUCCCUGGCCUCUUGGAGGACAUGGGUAGAGACCUUCCAGAGAUCCGAGCUCACGCCCUUUUCUUGGCUUUACCAACAAUCACUUCAGCACUGGUCACCCAGAAAAAGGACUCAUUCAAAGCAAUCAUAUGGGCUGCUGCCUCACUGUCUGGUGGGGUGUCAGCUAUUCCUGUACCCCUUGUUGCAUCCAUGGUGGACUCAAGCGUAGCAGUGCGAAUUCUGUUGAAAGCACAACUAUCUCUGUGUCUGGAUGAUGAAUCGAUUGAACGACUGGCCCGACAGCGAAGCAUGGAACCUGCAAAACUGAAAGAGCUGCGGACUUGUGUGCUAUCAGUAGAGGUCACUAAAGGAGAAGUUAAGAAACGACUGGCGAUAGCAGAGAAGGACUUGGCCACAGUUUCAUCCAAGCUGCUACAAAUGGCAAUGCCUAGACAUGCACGUUCAGCUGGCCGCUCCUUCACUGCGAUGCUGCAAGCCUUAAACAGUGCUAUUGAUGAAAUGGCUGCUGAUGCUGAGAACAUUGUAGCUGCUGCUCUUGGAGAGGGGAAAUGAGUCAAAGCGUUGCACAAUGUUUCCUGUUUAUGCAUGGUUCAACAUCA